AUGGCCUUCGCACAGGCUAUCGCGAUAUUCACCAUUACAGUCUCGGUGGUUACUUUCAUCGCCUUCUUUGGACGUCUCCCGGCCUUCAGAAACACGCCCAUAGGCUUCUGCCACCGCCUCCUCGUCCUCCAUAUUCCCUCCUUCCUCCGGAACCUCGACCUCAAGCUCAGCAAUGGCCGCGUCACAAAUGGAAGUGCCCGUCUGGGUCAUUAUCUCAUGUACGAGAAGCAUCCUGUCGUCCUUGUCUUCUUCCUCGGCCUGGUAACAGCAUCCGCCGGCUUGUUCCUGCCUGCGAUAUGGCACCUCCUCCCGCUCCACCACAAGCUCCUCGUAAUGGCUAUACUACCGCAGCCGUACUACUUCACGUAUCUGAGCGCGAAGAGAAACCCGGAGACCUUCAUAUCGGGGCUCAACCAUGCGGCCCAAAUGCGGCACUACCCGUACGAUAGGAUUCUAUACUACCCCGGCACGUACUGCAAGACGUGCAGGUUCCUCAAGCCGCCACGGAGCAAGCACUGCAGCAUAUGCAAAAGCUGCGUAUCGCGAAUGGACCACCACUGCGUAUGGGUGAACAACUGCCUCGGUCGCGGGAACUACAAAUACUUCCUCGCGCUCCUGCUCUCCACAAGCAUAAUGCUCGCAUAUGGCGCCUACCUCGCAUACAUGACACUCUCACCCUUAGUCCACGAGCACUACGCCAAGUAUGAGCGCUGGUACAAAUACAAGCCAGAGCCAGGAGCAGACAUGACGAGCUGGGGAACAUACUUAGAUAUGAAACUGCACUACUUUCUCAUGUACACCAGCAUAUACAUCGACGCAGGCGGAGUCAGUGCUUCCGGAGUCGGUCUACUAGCCCUCCUUACCUGGCCGCUUCCACUCGGUCUUCUGGGCUACCAGCUCUACCUCGUCUACGCUGGCAUGACCACCAACGAAUCCUCCAAAUGGGCAGAUUGGCGCGACGACAUGGCAGACGGUGUGGUCUUCCUCGCCCAACGGAAACUAGAGACAAUGCAAGACUAUCGUCCCAAAGUAACCGCACCCGAUGACUCUUCAUCCUCCCCAUCGCCCAUCCCCACACCUCCCCCAACCCCACCCGACGACGAAGAACCACGCACCACCUGGCCGCUGGAAAGCAGACACGUACUCGUCCGCACCACGAACGGGCAGCCACCGACACGCCUGCCGAGUCGGAUAGCUUCCGUUGCGGACAAGGACAGCUUCGAGCGCGUCUGGGAUCUUGGCGCCGUCGAAAACGUGUAUGAUCUGGGUUUCUUCGAUAACCUCCUCGACAUAUUGAGGCAUUAG